CGAAAUGACAUUGAUUACAAAAACAAAUUUGCCCUGGCCAACUUGGAACCUGGAAAAACAAAAAUCCCAGUUGGACGAAAUCGUUUGCAAUCAGGAAAAUGAAGAUGGUUAGUAGACUAGCUGCUGCUGGCUACCAGACAGACAGCAAAAAAGAGUGGGUCUCUCACAGGAGGCAAUGAACGGGGGUGGAGUUGUGCGGUACGGUAAAUGACCGCUUUCUGGUAUGCCUUUUUUAAUAACCAGGCGAUUGUCACGAAUUUUUCGGUUCGGUCGCGGCAGAUUCGCGGUCGCCUUUCCCGUUGCGUCUAAUGGACGGUUAACACACACUCGCGGUCGCAAAACAAAAUCCCAAAACGAACAGAUCACAAUUAGGAGGGCUUUUAUAUAUUUAGACAUUUUUUUUUUUUUUAGUAUGCUGCCUACUUAUUUUUUCCUUGGGGGUCAUUAAUUUGGCUGGGACAAGGAAUUGAAAAAUUCGGAAAUACGACAUAUUUUUCCCUCGAGUGUGUGUGUGUGUGUGGUAAAAUUGAGUAUGCUGUGCGGCCUUCUUGGCUGUAUAAACACAUUUUUUCGAAAAAGGGACAUUCAACUCCCUAGAUGCAGCUCGCUCAUUUUCGCUACCACACUAACCACUAGCUUACAAGUAACAGCUGGCAAUUUCCGCAGGUAUAUAUAUAUAAAUGUAUAUUUUUUUUUAGACUACGUUAUUUUUAAAAGACAGGUACAGGUCUGUCGUCUGCAUCAUGGGAUGAGAAAAUUGGUGGAUUAGAAUCCAGUUCUAGGAAAUGUAGAGAACGAAAUGAAUAGUGUUUUCUAAAAAUAAUUUGAUGUGAGCCUUGUGGUAAAACACUUGAAUUUCUAUUUUGUAUCAAGUCAUUUUAUUAUUGAAAUUUGCUUUAAUUAAAUCAUUUUUUUUUUUUGGCGAGAACGUCCGCGACUUCGAUUUUGGUUCGCACUAUACUUGGAAUCAUGCAAAAAUAUUUAGGGGGUUUUCCCAAAAUGAAUUUCCCAACAUUUGAUUAAAAUUUACUUAACUUUUCCUUAAUAUCAAUAACAGCAAAUUGAAUAAUUAAGCCAAUUUGAUGUAUUAGAUUACCACGUUUUAUUACCGCACACAGAAAAAAGACAAAUUUGAAUAUUCACAAGACUUUGUGUGUUGAGUGACACGUGUCUUUUCUUUCUACACAUUUCGCUGUAUUAUUGAUCGCCUCAUGAACUCGCAAUCUUCCUGAUAAAAAAAAGAAAAUAGUCAUCGUAAAACUAUGACGUGGGUUGAAUCUCAAGUUGUUUUACCCUCUCAUUUUUGGGGGCUGUCGGUCCCUAAAAUAUUCGAACGUCUAAUUCUCAAGCGAACAUUUUGACAAGGUUCUAAACACCUUUUUUGCUGGCCUUCCCACAGGCGGUUGUCUCUCUCUGUUUCUCUCUCCCCCCCACGAACGUGUUUUGCGUAUGGUGCCGUCUUCUAGCGCAUAACAGUUGUUGGCUUUUUUCUCUGCGCCCUUAGGACAUGUAACGGGACCCGUCUAUUGCAGCGUACCGUACGCAAUCCCGCUGUUCGCUACCUCACUGCGCUAGCCGUGGAAGAGAAAACUAGAUAUUUGAAUUUGUUUAGUUUUUUUUUUCUUUUCUCGUAGACUUCGGCUUCCUCUAUCCACGGUACAAUGUCUCUCAUUCACCUCUCGUUUCCGCUCUAUUGAUCCACUCCGUCGACUAGCCAACCGUAUAUGCCAGAGCAGCAGAGCUCUUGGGCGCCACACAUUGCAACAUGUCGUCAAGUUUACCGGGACACUCUCGUAGAUUUUUUAAAAGAUUAUUCCAUAUCGUUUGACAAGAAAAAAAAAAUGGAAAUUCUGGGUCGUGCCGUUAUUUUUUUGUUCUAUUUCACUUUUUACAGUUUGACAAAUUCAUCAAGUGCCACUUUUUGAAAGACAUUUUUGACAUGGCGAAUUUCUUUGGCUCUUGUUCGAAUUAGAAAAGUCAUUCUGACAAUGUGAUGGAUGUCGUUGAAAUUGAUUGGCAAGACCAUUGAUUGAUACACAUUGGCAUGGCCUCGCCUACCCGCUAGCUAGGCGUUCAGACGUUACCUGGCGGCAUUUUUCUUUUUUUUCGUCUUAAAUGGUUUUUUUAUCCCGUUCCAGCAACCCUAUUUUUUUUUCUUGGUUUUCCAAGCUUUUGUCUGGUCUGCUCUCAUUUGUUUGGUUUAUUCUUAGAUGCGGACUCGGAGAAUGAAACCGACCUACUUUUAUUGAUUGUUGUAUCGAUUCCUCCCAGCCUUUGUCUAAAUGGCAUCGUUUAAAUAUGGACGACUGUUUUUUUUUCCUCAAAAUUUUAAUUAGUAUCCUGUUUGGAAAAUGCAAUCGUUGGGCAUAGCAAAAGCCUUUGACAAGUUGCCCAUCAGAAAUGUCAAAUGAGUCACAUUCCGGAAGUGUUCAAAGGCUUCGUUAAAGAUUCAUCAUUAUGUCUAGUGUGACUGGGGAAACCUUAUGUCAUGUAUGUACACACAUCCCACGUAAUUAAAUUGGCAGAAGUUUUAUUGAGUGCCUAAUACGGUACAUGGUAACAUUACGGUAAACGCCGUCAUGUCUUGUUUUCCUAUAUUUAAUCGCUCUUGUUUUUGCCACUUCAUUGCUCCUCCUCCUUUCAAGCGUUUUCCGAUUCUUAACGUUCGGAUUGCUUGUUGUUGUUUUUAGAACAGCCGUCUGUGAAAGAAAUAAAGAAAAAAAAAGCAAUGUGCUGCUCAUGCGUGUGAAUCAAGUGGAGCAAGUGGUUUUGCCGAGGGUUUUGCCUCCGAGACUUGAGUUCUACUUUUGUGUGCUCGGAAGAUUAAUGAAAGUUUUCCAACGUCUUCGAUUCGCGGUUAUUCAAUUCGAUGUGUUUCAACCAACGGUUACCCGGUUACCGUUCUUUGUGACUUGGCUUUCAGUUAGUUAACCUGACUGGACGAGGCCGGGUGGACAUGUCCAACUUCGAGUUGCUGAAAGUCCUUGGAACAGGAGCUUAUGGGAAGGUGUUCCUGGUCAGGAAACGAGGUGGCAACGACCACGGAACUCUAUACGCAAUGAAGGUGUUGAAGAAGGCUUCCAUUGUCCAGAAGAAAAAGACGGCCGAGCACACCAUGACGGAGCGUCAAGUUCUUGAAGCAGUUCGACAAUCUCCGUUCCUAGUGACUCUUUAUUACGCCUUCCAAACCGAUGCCAAGCUCCACCUCAUUCUUGAUUACGUUAGUGGAGGCGAGCUUUUUACUCAUCUCUACCAGCGGGAAAGAUUCGCAGAAAACGAAGUGCGGAUCUACAUCGCCGAAAUCAUUAUGGCGCUCGAGCAUUUGCACAAGCUAGGGAUCAUUUAUCGCGACAUCAAACUGGAAAACAUUCUUCUUGAUUCACAAGGCCACAUUGUGUUGACGGAUUUCGGACUUAGCAAGGAAUUCCUUCCACAUGAAAAGAAUGCCAGGGCUUAUUCGUUUUGCGGUACCAUUGAAUACAUGGCCCCAGAGAUUGUGCGAGGUGGAGGCGCAGGCCACGAUAUGGCUGUCGACUGGUGGGGCGUUGGAGUGCUAACAUACGAGCUGCUAACAGGUGCCUCUCCGUUUACAGUCGAAGGAGAGAAAAACAACCAACAGGAGAUUUCCAGACGGAUUUUAAGCAUCCAUCCACCAAUUCCAGAGGAUUUGUCGAUUGAAGUGAAAGACUUUAUUGGACAGCUGCUUACCAAAGAUCCAAGUCGUCGACUCGGCGGCGGAACAUCAGAUGCCGUAGAACUUAAACAACAUUCCUUUUUUAGAAAUCUUAACUGGGAAGAAGUUGGCAAAAAAAUGGUACGUGCGCCAUUCAUACCUCGGAUCGCCGACGAACUGGAUGUCAGCAACUUUGCCGAGGAAUUCACUGGAAUGGCUCCAACCGACUCUCCGGCAAUAGUUCCUACCAAUGUUGAUAAAAUCUUCAAGGGUUACUCAUACAUAGCCCCGUCAAUUCUCUUCACGGACAACAUUAUCAGCGAAGAUUUAUUCGCCCUGUCAGCCGACAACAAACCCACGCUUUCAAACAUAAUUGGAGCCAGAUUUAAGAACUCGACGUUCUUCCUUCAUUAUCACAUGGAUUUACGAGAACAAGCGCUUGGCGAUGGCAGCUUCUCUAUCUGUCGGCGCUGCGUUCACAAAGCGAGCGGUCAAGAAAUGGCGGUCAAAAUCGUCUCCCGUCGUGUUGACUGCAGCCAAGAGAUUAACUUACUGCGUGCCUGCCAAGGUCAUCCCAACAUCGUACGCCUUCACGAUGUCUUCUACGACGAGGCGCACACAUACAUCGUCAUGGAAUUGCUGAAAGGGGGAGAGCUACUUCAGCGCAUCCGGCAGCAGAAACAAUUUACUGAAUCGGAGGCUGCACGCAUAUGGCAGAAAUUAGUUGCGGGGGUUCAACACGUUCACUGCAAAGGCAUCGUUCAUCGCGAUUUAAAGCCAGAGAAUCUGUUAUUCGAGAGUGCGGAUGAGAACGCCGAACUGAAAAUCGUGGACUUUGGAUUCGCUCGCCUGAAACCCGAGCCGCAGAAGCUCUUGAACACACCUUGCUUCACGCUGCAGUACGCUGCGCCGGAAGUGCUUAAAACGGUGUUGGUACCCAAAGAUGGCCGCUACGAAAGCGGUUACGACGAAAGCUGCGAUUUGUGGAGCCUGGGUGUCAUUCUGUACACGAUGCUCAGCGGUCGAGCACCGUUUCACUCCAACAGUCGAGAGGGUAACGCCGCAGCAGUUAUGCAACGCAUUAAAACGGGCGACUUUGAUUUCGACGGGGAAGCAUGGAAGCACGUCUCUUCCAAGGCGAAAAAUGUUAUACAAGGUCUCCUGACAGUUGAUCCCAAAAAGCGAUUAACCAUCAAGGAAGUGAUCAACUGCAGUUGGUUAAUGCCGAGAAAUCGUGAGUCUCCGUUUGGCUUCCCGUCGCUAAUGACUCCUGGCAUUCUAUCCAUUCGCUCUUUCCCAAAGGCCACUGAACUGGCCGUCAAACAAACCAUCGAUGCCUUCCACAUGGCUGCCAGGGAGGGAUUUCGGUUACAGGAUGUGUGCAACGCACGACUGGCCCAACGUCGCAAAGCCAAACGGCCAUCCAAUGACGCAAGAAGCAUUUCAACUUCCAGCAGUUUCUCAUCCAGUUCUUCAGGCAAUUCGUCAAUGAGGACGGCCAGCAAAGGGGAAGGCUCGGCCUCUUGGUCUUCGGUUGGCUUCACUCCGCGCAAGAUGACUUCUGAAGAUGAUAACGUGUUCAGCUUCCGCGAAGCUCGUGUCCAAGAGUAUUUGUCCAGUUUGUCGGAGGCAGAGUCUUCGAGUCGCGACUCGUUCCACAAGGCACAAGAGAAAGAGGAAUCUUUUUCCAUCAAGAAUAGCUGGGGCAAUCGUAUCUGUGAUAGUCUUUCCUCAGUUAUUGAAAAUCAAGUGACGGCUGCUGCUGCUGCUGCUCGUACGCAACAAGAUUUGAGCCUGCCGGGACCAAGUAACAAUGAGAGCAUCCUCCUUUCGCCAAUCUCGUUGUCGACGAGGUCUAAACGGAGGCAGCCGUAUAAAAUGUCGUUGCCCUCCAACCCGCCAGGCCAAGAUGCUGAGGCCAAUUGCGAAGAUGAAGAUGUCUCCUCGUCGGCGACGACGCACCGCAAGCAGGAUCAUCAAGAAUGUUCUGGAACAGCGACAGAAGUUUUCGAACGUCCAUUAACGCGAGCCCGCAAGCGCAACAUGGCUCGAGUCUGCGAGAUUCAACCUCAUAUUCAACCCACGCCCAAACGACGGAAGAAUUUCUAAACAAAAGAAGAAAAGAAAGAUGUAUAGACAGAUGAGACGCCUAAUCAGUUUUGCCUAAUCCAAUUUCGUUUGGAAAUGACUGUCUUGAGAAAAUGUUACAAAUUUUGUUUUUUUAUAAAAGAAACGUUAUGUAUUUUUCGGUUAGGAUCGCGGCGGUCAGGUGUGCUGUAGAUAUAUACCAAUUUGCUUUUUUUUAACUUUCCUUUAUAACGAUACAGGAACCUGUACAUAUAAGAAUGGCAAGCGUCUAUCAUAGUUCGUGAGCGUGUCAACCGUCUUGUGCGCGUAUAUGCAAAUCGUUCGUCAACAUUCUGUCUCUAGUCAGUCGGAUCUGAGCCUUAUGUGCGUUAGCCGUGGUAAUGCUGUAUCUCUGACACAGAGUUUGGAAACGACAGUGUAUACCUAUGUAUUCCAUAGGGGUUUGUUCGGCUUAGUAGUGCCUUAUUAAGAGAAUUUUAUAUCACAUCGACAGGGGCUGAAUGUAACGUACAACACGCUGCUGCUGAGUGACUGGGAGGCUUGAGCCGUUUUCCUUGAGAGAUUUCGUUUUAUUUUUCAAGUUAUUCCGAAGGCCGUCGGCUCACUACGAGACAAAUUCUUUCAUAUAAAUAUAGGCGUCAAUACGUCCUACACUAGUCCUCAUCAAGCACCUUGUUUUACAUUCAAAUCGGCUUUGAUUCAAUGUGAAAUUUGUUCGGCGAAAUGCGUUCCUUUCAUCUCUUCCCCCACUCCAUCCAUUUGAUCUAGAUGGAUUUUUUUUUUCAAGUUGAAAAGCCUUUGAAUUUCAUGGCCAAGUUCAUGGCUAGCGUGAGAAACUCUUUCUCUCUAUGCCUUUAAUGCGUUCUACGGGUCGUUGAGCCGGAGAGUAGUUUUUACCAAAAAGAUACAAAAAGAAAAGUAUGGACACAUCGUAAAACAGAUUGAAAAAUUAUGCGAUCCAUUGACUUACGCGAAAACUCCUCACAUUCUCGCAAAUUCAGAGUAGCUAAUUCGAAAUGUCUGCGCGUCACUUGUUAGAAAAUAAUUGUGUGUGUGUGUUUCGUUUGAAAACCAAAUAGUGCUUCUAAUACCAACAAGUGACAUAAGUUACUAGUUGCGUGAGCAAGGCAAUUUGACAUUGUUCACUCGCUGUUCAUAUUCGACGAGAUUCGGCUUUUUAUUCCGACGACAGUUUGAUUUAAACACGACCGCGCUUAGAAAUAAAACGCUGUUCAUGACAAAUAACAACAUGCAUUUGGUUAGCAAUGAUGAUGAGACAUUUGAAAAACGGCCCUAAGACCCGAAUUUGUUUUUCAUUAACAUUUGUUAGAUUUUCAACAUUACGUGUUGCAUGUAUUGAUUAUUGAAUUGAUAAUUUGACCGAAAUUAUUUUGAUUUUUGUGAAGACAAGAUGGCUGUAACCAAGUCUGAAUUAUGGGAAUAUUAUAUAUAUAUACAGUACUACAAUG